AUGGCUUUGGAAAUGGAAGUUAAGGAGUUAAUAGCCUUCAGUGAUUCAGAUUUACUCGUGCACCAAACAUUGAAGCAAUGGAUAACCAAAGAUUCAAAAAUCUUGCCAUACCACUGUAAUUUGCUCAAUCUGGCUAAACAAUUUCAAAUUUUGGAAUUCAGACAUCUCCCACAAGCCCGAAAUGCAUUUGCAGAUGCCUUGGCCACCUUAUCUUCUAUGAUACAAUAUCCAGACGAAUUAGGAAUCGAGCCUAUCCAAAUUCAACUCCAAGACAAGCCUGCUCAUUGUUGGGUAGUAGUCAAGACAUCUGACAAAAGCCCUUGGUACAAUGAUAUUAAGGAAUUCAUCAAAACCGGGUCUUACCCUCCAGAAGCUAGUGCAAAUGACAAGGGUUUCCUGUGCAGAAUGGCCUCGAAGUUUUUCUUAAAUGGAGAGGUAUUAUACAAAAAGACCUUAGAUUUGAACCUCUUAAGAUGCAUCGAUGAAGAUGAAGCUCAAUACAUGAUGAAAGAGGUGCAUAGCGGUGUCUGCGGACCUCACAUGAAUGGACAUUUGUUGGCAAAGAAAAUUAUGAGAACCGGGUAUUUUGGCUUACAAUGGAACGCGAUUGCAUAG